AUGCAAGGGGAUCCUUCGAUCAAUAGCAAGCAGAUGGAAGAACUGGCACAUCCUGAAGAUGAAAGACAUAAAUAUGUCUUUAUGUCUGCUGUGACUCGGAUGGUUUUCAAAAGAGGUCGGUUGACUGUACCUCCUCAACGCGCUUUGGAAAUCUGUGGUAUUCUAUCGGUCGAAUGCCCAACCGCAUCAUCUCGUACGGCCGACAGAGCCGGGGCAACAGAUUCAGCCAUCGGUUGCCCUGAAUGGACACUUGAAGAGAUCGAGUCCUCUAGAUAUGCAAAUCUCCCGGUCGUGCGGCUCGAAAGGGGCUGGGAUGCCGUCCGUGAGCUCUUCCGACAAGAGCGGGUUGCGUUGACAGAGCAUAGGGGCUUCAUGUGGUGA